GAAUUACAUACUUUCUUGCGAUUGGAACAACUCAAGGGAAGGAGGUAGCUACUUAAAAAGUACUAGAUGAAUUUACCAACGUAGAGGAUAUAAUAUUCUAUCUACUAUAGCCUAAAUUGAACUUUGCAUCGAUAUAUAUAGACAGCAAGUACCACAACAGUAUUGUUUAGUGUUAGUGGGAUGGCAGUGCAAGCAAGGUUUGGGGCAUGGAACCGAAUUGGCAUGGCACAAUGUUCAGGCAAUCGAGAAGAAAAUUUCAAAUUCGCAAUGAGGUCUCCGGCAGAGGAUUUUGCACCACUAGCCACGAAAUUUCAGCGACGGCUUCUCGUGGGCGUCGGGUCAGCUUCACUCGUAGCUUUGGGUGCAGAUUUUUGUGGCAUAACCAGUUUUCUUCUGGGGUUGUCACCGGAGAACGGCCGUAAUCUGAAGCUGGACGUGCUUUAUCCCAUUGGUGGCUACAGCCGUUGCUUUGACACCAAGGAAGGAUUUGAAUUCAUAUACCCAGCAAACUGGGUUGGAGAUCAGACGGUGCUGUAUCGAACUGCUAAGAAAAGAGAAUUGGAAAGAUCAUUGGAUCCUCCUUCCCUGAAUCUACGACCACGUUCGAAUGCUAAUGAACCCCUAGUUGCAUUUGGUCCCCCAGGUUCAAGUGGUGAGCUCAAUGUUAGUGUAAUUGUCUCCCCUGUUGCUCAAGACUUCUCGAUUGAAGCAUUUGGAAGUCCAGAAGAGGUGGGUGAGGCUUUGGUUAAGACCAUAACAGGGUCAGGACAGCGCCCUGAAGUGAAGGGCACAUUGAUAAACUCAAGUUUGAGGGAGGACUCUGUUAAAAAUGCCAAAUACUAUGAGCUGGAGUUCAGAGUUGAGAGUCCCUCAUUCCAGAGGCACAAUGUUUGCGUCUGUUGUGCUUGCGGUGGUAGGCUUUUCACUUUAAAUGCUCAGGCACCUGAAACAGCCUGGCCAAGGUUGAAGUCAGAUUUCUAUAGAAUUGCUCACUCAUUCAGCCUCACAGCUUAGUGAUUUCAAAUGAAAGCUUCAUUGGGAGAUAUAGUGAUGAUACUUCCUCAAGACGAUCCCAGAAGCAAAAAAAACUUCAAAUUUAUCUUCCUGGAGGAGCUUGAAACUCCUUUCUUUUGUUUCCAGAUCUAUAUUUUUUAACUCCAUGACUACAGAUGUUAUGUGUGAUCAAUGGGUGUUUGUUAACAUUUCAAAACCCCAAGCAUUUCUGAAUUUAACUAAACUGUCAGCACGGACAAAUAGACACGAGUUUGUAACUCUGUAUAUAUUACAUGUUUCUUUACCACUUAUGAAAUAAAAUACAGAUUCGAGAUCUCAUUUCAAGAUUCUCUAAUGUCUGUAACUACUAUACACAUUUUCAAUGACUACCUAGGUAUUUAAUCAACUAAACUGAAACAUUGA